AUGGAGGCUGGGGUCUCAGUUCCAAUUGUUUCAAAGGCGGAUGGGUCUGUAGAGCCUGAAGUUCAAAUGUCUGAGCUCGCUUCUGUAGCUACUUCUGAGGCUCCUUUUGAUCUUACUCCAACUACUGUUUCUGAUCUUCCUAAGCUGCCUGACCCAUCACUAAUCCGACUACAAAAGAAGACUUUUUAUAAAAAGACUUUGUAA